AUGAAAACAUUCCCGACGGACGGCAAUAAUUUUUAUUCCCCGUUAAGUAUAACGACAGCCAUUCUUAUGGUCCUUAACGGCGCUAACGGACAGACAGAACGGGAAUUGAGACAACUCUGCAAUAUUGGUGACAAUGAAAAUCUUCAACAACUCAACGAUGAAUUGAAAAACACGUUAACAUCAAUAGCGGGAAGCGAUAACAAGGAUGUAGUGAUGAAAUUAGCCAAUCUAUUGGUAGUGAAAGACUCGCCAAACUUUUCGCUGCUAAAGGAUUACAAGACAAUAAUGACUGAAUCGUUUGAGUCGAGCGUAGAAUCGGUUGACUUCACUACUGAUAAACAAAAGACAAUCAAUAAAAUCAAUGAUUGGGUUUCGAAACAAACAAAUAAUAAAAUCAAAGACUUGUUCAAAGAAGAGUUAAGUGACGACACGGCUAUGGUAUUAGUGAAUGCCAUAUAUUUCAAAGGCAUUUGGCAGUACCUCUUCAAUAAGAAAGACACUAAAAAGGGUGCCUUUCAUGACAAGGGCGCCGAUGAGGCCAUUGAAGUGGACAUGAUGUCUAUAAAGAGAAAGUUCCCUGUUAAAUUUGUUAGACAAUUAGAUGCGUAUAUGUUUGAAAUGCCAUUCAUCGGCGAUAUGUCCAUGUUUAUUCUUUUACCCAAUGAAGUCAAUGGCUUGGAUUUGAUGACAAAGAAAAUAACUUAUAAAACAUUUAACGAAACCAUAUUCUCAAUCGUCAAUAGAAAAGGACCACUCAAUACACUAUUGUUUCCCAAAUUUAAAUUAGAAACAGAAUAUGAUUUAAAGGAGUCAUUGAGUGCUUUGGGAGUGAAUACAAUGUUUGGAAAUUUAGCCGAUUUUUCACGUAUUAACGGCAAUAAUGAUCUGAAAGUAUCGAAAGCCAUACACAAGGCGUACAUAGAGGUGACGGAAGAGGGGGCGGAGGCGGCGGCCGUAUCCAAGUGGGUGUUAGUCACCCGUACUUUCCGACGAGAUGUCAUUGCCGUCGACCGGCCCUUCAUGUUCGCCAUCGUCAACAAGAGUUCCCGUCUUAUAUGGUUUUUGGGACAAAUCCCAUUCAUAUUAAAAGUAUGGAAAUAUUCAUUCAAUAGGAAUUCACAAGAAAGUGAAGAUCAAUUGGAACCGAUAAACGCCAACUCUUCAGCAAUUAAUUCCCAUAACAAUGAAACGGGACGGAGAUCUCCGCCCAGAAACACAACCGAUUUAUCCAAUAUUAUCGCAAUAGUAUCGAUGCAAGUCUUGCAAUCAGUAAUCAAGAAUCUUAUUUCACACAAAUCAGAGACUAUGCAACCAAAUGACACCAAAAUACCACUCAUCGACUCUCAUCUAAACCCAAACGUUUUUAACAACAAUAUAAAUAGCAAUUUGAGUUCUCUUAACAACUCUAAUAUCAAAUCCAAUAGUAAUAAGAAGUCUACAAAUGCAAUCAAAGGAGAUAUACAUUCAAAGAAUUCAUUGAAACCUAUUGGAAAAGAUAUGAAAAAUGUACAUGACAAAAUCGCCGACAAAUUACACAACAAACAAACAACAACUGAAUCAAUGAGAUUGUUGUCCAACGGAUCAGUUAUUAAUUUCAAUAUAUAUUCAAUAAAUGGCAGUCUUUUAAAUCUAACCCGAGUCGAUGUCACUAACCUAACCUCUAAUAGCACUCCAGUAAAAGUCGACAAUAAGACACACGAAAAGAAUGAAAGGAAAUUCAUGUCAUUUGAAACACUAAUUUCCGGUAAUAAGAGCGAGGAAUUGUACGAAUGGUAUAGCUAUACAUUGAUCGGUCUCUUUACGAUCACAUCCCUGUUGUUAUUGACAUUGAUUUACAUGAAAUGCAUGCGAAAUACUGUCACUCAUGGGACAGAGUUUGAUGGAUAUGUGGAGGGAUCGGGUGUCGGACCCAAACACGAAGUCAAAGGACUCCUCAAACAAUCGGAGGACGACUUUGAGACCGAUUCGUUAAAACUUAGUUUACCUAAGAAUAGGAAACACACAAAGGUAAUCGAUAAAGCUUAA